GGCGAUGAAGUGACGCUGCGCGCUUUUACUCCGCGCCGGAAGUGGCGUCACUCCGCGGCGCCAGCGAUCCCCGGCGGCGUGGGAGCCGCAGCCAUGACCCGGUCCCGACGACAGGUGGAGGCGUCCCGGAAGAAGCGCGUCCAGGCCCGGCUCGCCCGUGUCGGGAUCAAGAAGGACCCGGGGGUGCCGCGGCUCGGCCGCUUGGCCGCCUUCGCGCAGAAACAGCAGAGCGAGACCCGGCAGAGACAGCCGCUGACGGGGCAGCAGCGCUCGCACCUGGCCGUGCAGCUGGCGGAUGCUCUGCAGCGACAGCAGCGCUUCCAGAGCCAGGAGAAGGAAGAGAAGGAGGAGGAGCCCCCCCAGCCCCCCCAGGACGAGGCGUCGCUGCGCCAGUUCGGGCGGGAGCUGCGCAAGGUGCUGACGGCGUCUGACGUGGUGCUGGAGGUGCUGGACGCCCGCGACCCCCAGGGCUGCCGCAGCCCCCGGCUCGAGGGGGCCCUGCGGCCGCAGCAGCGCCUCGUGCUCGUCCUCAACAAGAUCGACCUGGUGCCGCGGGACGUGGUGGCCGCGUGGCUGAAGCACCUGCGCGACGAGUUCCCCACCGUGGCCUUCAAGGCGUGCACGCAGCAGCAGAGCCGACGCCUGGUGGGCCCCCCCCGGGGGGCUGGGGGUGCUUGUGGGGGUGCCCCAUCCCCGUGGGGGGGGCUCAACAAUGUGGAGGAGGGGAGUUUAUUCCAGGGGAACCCCCACCCCCAUUUUGAGCAUUUUCACCCCGUUUUUACCACCACGGGGGGGGGCAGGCUGGCAGUCCCCCGCGUGUCCAUCCCCCCCCCAAACCCCUGUGUGUCCCCCCCCCCACAGCUGAGCCAGCUCUACGGGGUCCCCCCCUGCAGCGACCCCCUGCAGUUCCUGGCCCACCUGGCCCGGCGGCAGGGCCGGCUCCGCCCGGGGGGGCUCCCGGACGCCCACGCCGCCGCCACGGCCCUGCUGCACGACUGGACCAGUGGGAAGAUCUCAUACUACACCCACCCCCCCAAAUCUCGGGGGGUGCAGCUCGAGGCCCAAAUCCUCCCAGCGCUGGGGCCGGCGCUGGACCUGGAGGCUCUGGAACGGGGCGAUGCCGAGGCCCUGGCAGCUGUCCCGGUGACGGUGACGGGGCUGGGGCUGUCCCCGGAGGAGGAAGGGCAAGGAGAAGCCAUGGAGGACGACAGCGGCGGCCUGGAGCUCGGCACGAUGACGGUGGAGCUGAAGCCCCGGGUGAAGUCGGGGGGCUCUGGGGGGGCGUCGCUGCCCCCAGCCCCCAGCCUGGAGGAGGUGGCUGCGCUCCCCGCUCUGUUCCAGGGGCAGGGGCUGAAGGCAGCCGGAAAAAGGAGGAAAAAACUGCAAAAAAGAGCACAGAAAAUCGCCACGAAGCUGUCGGAGACGUUGGAGGCGGCCAUGCAGUUCUGAGCAUCCACAAAUGGAAUAAAAAGAAUAUAAAUAAGUUUUUAAUAAUUA